AUGAACGUGAACGCGUUAAUUUCCGAUAUUAUUCAGGUACCACACCGCGCGCCGUCGACUAGUCAAAGUGUGGAGGCAAUUCACGCGAGCCUCGCUGCGUUCAAAGCGUUUAGCCACCACGCUACUAGUAGUAGUGACGAAGGCCAUCGCGACUUGGCUCGAGCGUUGGAACAGCUCGAGAACUCGGCGUGUGCUUGGUUUCCACAGUAUGGCUGUGUCAUUCUCGCGAUAGCCGCGGGGUACAAUGCGUUGUCCCACUUGGUUCUCCUGUACCCAGACAUGUGGCAAGCCAACGUCUCGCAUCGUUCGACAGGCGCAACAUUCACCGCCAAGCCGAGUGGCACGACUGUACUCGACGUUGGCACUAUCCCGACCGAGGCGGUGGAGGGGUUUCGAGACCGAUUGCAAGCCCUGUUGCACAAAGUAGCCACUCGACAUGGUAAUGGACGAAGCGCUGUGAAUGGCCAAGGGCACCAGAAAACACCCCAUUUCAUCCACGCCUUGGCUCGCCAAGUCCUCAGUUCCAUCGUUGUCGAAGUGGCGCCGUACGGAGGGAGCACCGAUGUGGGGAUGCACACUGGCACCCAACCCCGAGCCACAGCGCACCCCCUUGUCGAAGCCGCCUUGUACUACUUUCUCGCCCACCCUCCCAGUUACGACCGACUUCGAGGGCACUUUUUGCUGUGGGUGGCGAAGCAGUACAAUGUCGAGAUGACCAUCGACUCGAUCAACACGGCCAUGAGCCUUGUGGACGCCAUUGCGCUUCCCGCGCUGGACAUGGAUGAGCAUGGCGCGAACGUGAAAGCCAUCACGGAGCAGUUGCAAAUGCUGCGAGCCACGUUGGACUCCCAGUAUUUGCAUUUUACGAGCACCAAAGCCGAGCGGUUUAAGAUUGUUGAGCCCAACGAUGUACGAUACCCCGCCUUGGUCUCGGACGCGCUACGCUCCAGUCAAGUGCCCACUACACCACUGACAAUGCAAGAGCGCCAGGCGCGGGCAUUGGCCAACAGUGGGGCGCUGCCCAACUUUCCGCACUAUGGAAAUGUCUCGCCUGGGAGUUUCCAACAGGUUCUGACUUGGAUUAGCAGCGAUGCGCGGUUGAAGGCUGGGAAAGAACAAGAUGCGUGCUUGCUCGUCUUGAAUGAAAUCCACGAGAUGAUGUGGUCAUGUGCCAAACACUUGUCAGCCACUCAAUCUCCCAUGCACUUGUCUGUCGACGACGUGUCGGCGCUGGACCAACUCGUGACCGCGUACUCUGAAUUGUUGGACGCUUGGCUAACGUCUAACGACGGUCGACAUCAAAUGAUGACAAAACUCCGAAGCUACGAGGUCGUGGUGACAUGGAUGGGGUAUUGUCUGGUGCAUCAACAUUGCGCUCAAGAAUACCCGCUCGUGUUGGCCUACCAAACGCCAUUGAACUGGAUGAAUCUCGGUUCGUUGGUGAUGGAAGACAAACGAGCGAUCGACGCCAUGCGCUUGGUAGCGGGGUACAUUCGUUGCAUCAACAAUGCCGCGAGGUUGCCAUUGUUCUCGUUGGCCAGCAUUGGAGGAACGGUCGAGUUCUCGCAAAAGUUUGCUGAAACUUGUGAUGAGAUGCAACAGCGAUGGUCGAGUGAAGAGGAAGCAACAAGUCGACGCAUGGAAACGUACAUGAAUCAAGUACGAGCGAAGCAAGUCCGAGCGGCGAAACUGCGAGCUGAAUUGCCGGGGUUGCAGAGUGCAUUGAGCGUGGCCAGCACGGAGUAUACACAAGCGCAGCAAGCUGAAGAGGCAACUCGCAUCAAUUACCCGGAUGUGUAUGUUUGCAAAAGACGCCAUGGAUAUUACAAAACUUCGGACCAAGCGUGUACAGCAGUACAUGCCACAUCGUCCGCUCUUUCCCGAAUGAACGCAGCCCAACGAAACUGGGAUGCCAAGAAUGCAGAAAUCUCAAAGACAAUUGUGCCGCCCCCAUUUGUGGUCUGUCCGCUGCCCGAGCUGGCCGACAAGGCGUUCAGUGUCUUGUUCUUUUUCUUGAUCCCCCCAAGUUUGGACACGUUGUCGCGCCUCGCUGUCGAAGCCCAAGUCAGCUUGGUGCCACGUCCACCCGGGUUGGAUGACCAUGACGUUGGGGUUACCCCCACAAAAACUUCGUGGGUCCAACACUACAACACGUACUCGUUUGGAUGUCCAGCGGCCUACCCCUGCCACUGGACCAUUUAUCCUGUUGGUUUGUACAUUCCGACGCAAUGGGGCCCCAGUACAGUCGAUGGCAUCACUCAUGCCCACGCUUCGUUUUGGUUUCCGACAGAGUUUGAGCAUGGGUUGGCGUGGUCGGCCAAUUUGAAUCCGCAUUUGGUCACAGAGGCGCAAAUGCAUGCGUUUUUCAUGGACCAGCUGGACGACAGACAAUUCCAGUGGAUCAUGGAGUUUCCUGCAUGUGCAAGUCAAGGCGAGUCAUCCAGGGGGAACCUUUCUUAUGCCAAUCUACACGAUAUCCCCCCAGGAUUGUCCAAAGCCGAGUUCUUGACGAUGGGGUCGUUGCGUGCCUACCCGAACCAGCAAAUACGAAAGUUGGUGCAAGCGUUACAUGCGUCGACCCUUCCCUUGAGCCAUCCCCUGGUGUUGAGUGUGCUCUGUCAAACGAUGUAUCACGUGGGGGCGCUGUCCGAUGCCGACGUGCCGGCGCUUUUGUGGAAACGUGACUUAGACGACAACAUGGGAUGGCUGGAGAAGUGGUAUGCUGGCCUCUGGAAUCAACUGGGCCUCCUUCGUGACUCAAUUCGAGACUACAAAGCGUUUAUCGCAGGGGCGACCAUGGCGUCGUACUUGUCCCAGUUUUAUCCUCAAGCCCGACAGCUGGCUCGAGAAUUUGUUGCCGUUGCUAAAAAUUGGGCGACUAUUAUUCGCAAUGAAAUGGACGAUGCUAUCACGACAGCCACCCAACGACUGGACCUGCGUGCCAAGCAGUGCUUAAUGUACGGGUAUGGUAUUUUGGCCCUGUCGGCAGUGGGCGCGUUCGACACCAACGACGUGAGCAACUUGGUGGAGUGUAUCGUGAUGUUUCGAUACGGCCUAUUGUUUGGCGAAGGAAAUAAGAUGCAAACCGAGCUGUCGUGGCUGCAAGUGCAAGUUGCACAUGUGAUGGCUUGUCGCAUCCAUGACGUUCUGGCGACCUUGCAAAGCACCGGCGAAGGCGGCGACGAUAUCAUUUCCCGAGCCAUGGGGGGGGUGUUCCCCCACCUGCAAGUUCAGCCGUCACGAGUGGAUGAAAUCGUGUCGUUGGCAACGACAGUGGUUGGAAACGGCAAGGUUUCGAAGGCCAUGAGUUGCUUACUACCGACGCCCGCCAUCCAAUGGACAAUCAUUUCUCAAACAAGUUGCUUUGAAUCGACCGUGGUUGUUCGGGGCGAACCCGAGCACUACUUAAUCAACGUCCUCACGGGUUGUGUGCUGCUGAACGGCAAUCCGCCAUGUCGACUCCCUCGAUCCAUUGUACAACAUGCCACGUACACACGAUACUUUGACGAGCAAGAUUUUGACGUGAUGGCUAUCUGCGACACGGUGUUUCGUACAACCCAAACGUGCGACGACGUGUACUUUGAGUUCGCAAUCGUCAAUGCGACAACCAUACGAAUCCGAUCGAUUCACAGCCAAACCGAGCGUGUUUUAGAACUCGUGGAACUCACGGAAUCGGCGUGGAUGUCAGGGCUACCCAUCCGCUUGUUGAAAAUGCAUUCGCACUGGUUGGACUGCACCCAAAAGCUGUUGGUUUUCCGCCCCCCCACGUUCAAAUCACGAGUGAAUCAACAGUACCUUGCAGUGCUCGAUGAUCCCAGUCGAUGCUUCGAAGUCCCGUACGCCAGCCAACACAUUGAGCUCACGGAAGUGAUCGCAAUGCGACAGUCGUAUCGUUACUUCGUGGAGGAAUCCACCGUUCCUUGGAUUGCGACAGCCUUGUCCAAGUUUGAAAAUGUAGCGUACGUGCACGCCAUGAUGACGCCUGGCAAGAUACUUCAGGUCCACUUGCCCCGGUAUGGCUUGACGUUUGAAGGGCACACGGUGAACCCACGCAGUUUGGAAUUCACCGAGUUCCACUUGGCCACUACCCAACAGCUUGACUUCACACUGCCGUUCUUUGAGCAUUACCUAGUCCUCGAACGACUCGUGGAGUGUCCAGGCCAGCCUUCGACGAAACUAUUGGUCCCAAACGGCAUGGUUGUUGUGCGCAAUGGCAUGGUGAUAGUCCAACAAACCGACGCCUGCGAUGCGGCGCUGAGCUAUUUCACGUAUGAUUUCGCCCCCCACUCCAAUCAAUUGUCGGCGAAUUCCAUCGUUGGUCGUCUGCAACUUGCGGCGAUAUUCGCAGCCUCGAGCUCAUCGGUGCCGGACCCCCACCUCAACAUGACAGCAUCCGAGAUGGCCCUGAUAUUGCUUCGACAAUGCUGGGUUUCACGCCCGUGGACAGAACUCGAAGCGUCGAAGUUGGCCAACUUGGCGUCCUUUGCAUACAAGGAGCCUGCACUUGCGAUCCUUUGCGAACGCUUCGCCAAGCAAGCCCUCGACCGAGCCUUUUUGUAUGUAGCUGUCCCUGCCGAACCCAACCACGCACCGAAUGAAUUGGUCAACACGUCCAAAUGUGAACUUCGCGGUUGGAAUACACAAACGAUGCCUUGGAAUGAUCUUCGGCGGGGAUUGCAGCCCCACGAAAUGAUAGAGGCGUUUGGGCCGAUCCCCCGACCACGAAGGCACGACUCCCCUCCUGGAUCGUACUCAGUCAGUUCAAUUCCUCCAUGUCCUGUGUCCAAGGACGUUGUGGCCAUUGUGGAGCGAUCGGUGCUGUCCAUGGUCGAGUAUCAGUCGAAAACGUCAUCUCGUCCAUACCCAUUGAAGAAGCAGAAGCUCAACAAUAGCAUCGAAGCGCACGUGGGUAGCCUAUUGGAAAAGAGUUGGCACCACUACCAAGACCUAGCCCAGCCGAUGUUUACCCAAUCCAAGGACAAUAUGGAGAAGGUACUACAACGUACACAGCGGCAAGUGCAAGGUAAAGUGGACACCCUUGAGUCGUAUCUUGUUGACGUCGUGAGGAAUUGCAUUCCAACGCGUCAUGUCCAUCGAAUGAACCUUCGUCGGGCUUGCAAUCGUGUGGCCAAUCCCACCCUACGUGAUAUGCUGGUUUGGGCGCACUCCCCACACGAAGUGCUUCGCUUUAACCCGUACUUUUCACCCGAGGCCGUCAAGGCGAUUCAGGGGGUCACCCAGCUCUACUUAGCCACGGUCGUUUUGAACGCUCGGUUGUGUCGCAUUUUACACUUGAUAGAGUCAACGGCGUCGGACGCGCAGGUGCUGCAAGAACUGCAAGUCACUCGGACGUGGAGCAUCGAGGACCAUCCGCGGUGGCUCGUAUUUGAAGUCGAAGGGUCGUUGCAGAUUCGCCCCGAGCAGGCCACGAUCGCACAGCAUUUAUUGAACGAGCCAUCUGGGACGAUUUGUCAACUCAACAUGGGGCUCGGCAAGACGCGGGUGAUUUUGCCCCUGCUCAUUCUGCACUACACCAGUCAAGGCCAUGUGCCACGGGUGCAUAUCCUGGGACCGAUUUUACAAGAAGCGCUGGCGUUCUUCCACCUGCACCUCAGCGCAUCGACGCUGGCGAUUCGUAUUUUGGACCAGCCCUUUCAUCGACAAGCUGAGCUCACUUCGUUUGGCAUGUCGAUCUUGGGCCAGCCGAUUAUGAACGCUUGCUACGUUGUCGCCCCCGAGCACCGGUUGUCGCUGGAAAUGAAAUUGCAGGAAUGGGUAUACGAAAAAAACGUUCACGCGGAGCCAUUGGCGGCCCUUCUAGCACAAUCAAAGUUCGUCGACAUCUUCGACGAGGUCGACGCAUUGCUGCACCACCGGUAUCAACUUGUGUACGCCAUGGGAACUCCUGAUAGACUGGACAACUGCGAGACGCGUGCGGUCGUUGCGCAGGGGUUGCUAGCGGUGCUGAAUACGUGUGAUCGGGACAGCCGGCUCCACCAGUGGAUUUUCCAGCAUGGGCUUCAAAACACCAACAAGUCCAAGAGUGCAUUUCGGGAAAUUCGACUUAAAGUUGGCGUUCCCGAAGCCGCUCUGGAAGAAUUUCGUCGACUGGUAGCGCACGCCAUGAUUGCUCACUCGUCUGUGCACUUUCAAUGGCUCGGGCUUUGGUGCCAGAAAAGCUCAGCUCACAAAGACGCCCUUGUACGAUGCUUGCUGCUGAAAGAUGGGGAGAUUGAUGGUCUACAAUGCUUAGCCAGCACGUCCGCGUAUGCUUCCAUGCUGGCGCUGCGCGGGUUCCUUGCGUUUGGAAUCUUGGAGCAUUGCCUUCAACAACGCCCCCGUGUGCAAUAUGGUGUUGACCCCCAUCGGCACCCCAAGCGACUGGCGAUUCCGUUUCGAGCUGCCGACGUCCCCUCAGCUCGGGCAGAGUUUGGCCACCCCGACGUUUCCAUCGUUUUGACGACGCUAGCCUAUUACUACCAAGGAUUGACGGAGACACAGGUGCUGGAAGCGAUCAAGGUAUUGCUUUCACUGGGUCGUUCAGCGCGGACGAACGAGUACGAGACUUGGUUUAGUCCCAUUCGCGAUGAGCUGCAGCCAAAGGAAAGCCAGAUGCUGGACAAUUGCUCCAAGCUGGAUACGUCGAAUGGCCCCCAAAUGACGCUCUUGGUGGCAAAACUAGCGUUUUCCACGAAUUUGAUCGAUUUUUGGCUGCGCCGGUGUGUGUUUCCCACGGAUUUGGUGCAAUAUCCGGCUCGCAUUGCGUCUUCGGCUUGGGACAUGGCCAACAGCGACCAUGCCAAGGGGUUUUCUGGAACGAAUGAGUCGAACCCGAUCCUACCCACGCAAAUUACACCGAACCAACCACAGCUGCCAUCGUUGUUGGCUACGAAUGGCCUGAUGCUGGACCGACUCAUGACGUGUACGGUGACUUGCCAUGCUUUGGCAGCCGGUACCUUGUGGAAAUCGUUGAUGGAGUACGUCGUGGCUGGUGGCUACGAGGCGUUGAUAGACACGGGGUCGCUCUUGGCUGGCAUUUCGAACGAAGCCAUCAGCAUGUACAUGCUCAACCACGACAAUCUGCAUGCAAAACUCGGCGCCAUCGUCUACUUUGACCCGCCCCAAGGGUGUUGGAUGUCCCUGAAUCGAGCCACACGACACGCGGUACCCCUCCAUGACUCCCCCAUCAAGGAGCGCGACUCGUUUGUAUUGUUUGACGAAGCUCGAUCCCGGGGCACCGACAUGAAAAUGCGCGCGUCGGCGGUGGCCGUGCUGACGUUGGGCCCGAAACUGACCAAAGACAAGUUGAUGCAAGGCGCGGGGCGACUUCGCCUGCUGGGCAAACACCAACGAGUCGUGCUGGCGGUUCCUCCAGAAAUCCAACAAACCCUACCCUCUGUGACGUUGCCAGGCAUUCUGGAAUGGGUGGUGAAGAACACGGCCGCGAACAUCGAGGCAGGUUUGCCCUCGUGGUCUGAACAAGGUCUGUUCUUUUGCAAGAGCAAACAAGAGGCAUUUCAAGCGGUGGUGGAGGAGCACUGGGCCCUGAAAGACCUGUACGAGCUGCCGGUGCGCGUCCAGAAACUGUCGUCGUAUGUAGCCGAUCAAGUGGAAACGGAUUAUGAUGGCAGCGACAUGGCCAAACUGAUCGCGGAUCAAUGCGCGUCGCUUGGGGUGGAAGUGGACGUGUCCUUGUCGUACGGCGAAGAAUGCGAACGGGAACUGCAAGUUGAAGAGGAGGAGCAACAAGAAAAGGACGUCGAGAUGCGCGAGCAGAAGCCGCGUGUCGAAGCGUCGUGGAACUACUCGUCGAUUUUAACGGCAAAGUCAGCUCAAGACGUUCAAACAACGGUGGUCCCUCUCGCUGAGGGCAUACCGCAACUGUGGGGGCUUGGUGACGUGGCAUGGCCAGCGACCAUCUUUGGGACGACGUCGUUCUUCAACACGCUUGCAUCCAAGACAACCCUCAAGUAUGCGCGUGUCGUGGACUCGGUGGCCCUUUUUCCAAAUGGCGACGUGUUGUUGCUAUCGGACAAGGAAGCUGAUGCUGUCUUGGAGCUCGUGUGGGCGCGACCGUCUCGCUCUGUGCUUGGCCUUUUGCGGGGUCGGUUGAACCCACAGUUUACACUGGAAAACGUCGCCAUGCUACACCAUGCAGCUGAUGGUACGCCAUCUCCCAUGGCUGUCGGCAACGAAGUGGCGCUGGCGUUGCUGAAUGGCGUGACGAGGUUUGAUGCAACCACGCAACCGUCCCUGAAAGCAUUGCUCGCCAAGCCUCUGGCCCGGGUGGCUAUUUCAAAUCUGAUUGACGCCCGCGGCGAAGGGCGCAACUGGAUUGAAUCGGACUUGGAAAAAGCGUGCAAAUUGAUGGAGCUGGUGGAUGUAGCCAACGAGUAG